CGCAACUCUAAAAUCAGAUCGACAGACACGACCAUUGGUAAAGCUUUUACUGAAUGGCACUACGCUAACUGCUGACGUCAUGUAUCGCGAACAAUCUUUCUGCCUGAAUAUCAUAGCUGAGCUUUCCACUGUUACUAUUGCUGUCCCCUUUGUGGAUAUUUGUAAGCCGAGGGGUCAUCGAGGCACAAUUAUCUACCAAUCCGGCUUUCUGCUGAUGCAGCAACCUCAAGGGAUUAGCAUGGCUUAUCCAGACUGAAAUAGGAGCUCAUUGGCUUAUUUUGAGGGGUCACCGCAAAGUUAACUAAAGAGCGGCAUAUACGAGGCUGUCGACGAGGAUAGUCACAUUCUGGACCUUUGAGGACCAGCACCUAAGAGUCGGAACCUGAUAGAUGUGUGGCCAAAUCUGCACUAAUUAUGCAAUCUGGGUUUGUUAUAAUAGACCGAAAAGUCCUUGAGAAAUCUGAGCAAAGGGUCAAUCCUGAGUAUCCCCUACAACUCGCAAUCUCAACAGACUCUUAACCUAUAUCGCACUGUCUUUGUCAAGUACCUCAUUAUGAAGGCCGUUAUUGUCAAAGAAAUGGGUAGCGAGGCUACCGUUGUUGACGACUUCGAGAUACCAGUACCUGGAGACGAUCAAAUACUCGUCCAAUCCAUCUACACGGCGAUCAACCCAGUAGAUUCGUAUAUGGCGUCUUCAGGUAUCCUUGUGCUCAGUUGGCCACUGGUUCUUGGGUGUGACGCUUCCGGCGUGGUCGUCAAAGCAGGACAGAAAGCUCAAGGACCUACUGGACCUCUUAAAGUUGGUGAUGCGGUGCUGGGCUGUACAAGGCUUGGCGACAAAGCGUAUGGCACCGCUCAAGAAUACUUUCUUAUGGAUGCCGCCCUUACAACUCCAAAGCCUGAUAAUAUCUCCAUGGCCGAAGCGGCGACGGUUGGGGUCGGAUUCUACACUGCGUGUCUUGGUGUCUUUGACGGUUUGAACAUCCCCAUCCCUAGGAGUCUUCAGGAACUUCCACAUGCUGGUGAGGAAUGGGCUCUCGUCCUUGGCGGCUCCAGCAGUGUCGGUAAAUUUGCCCUUCAGCUGCUCAAGGCUUUGGGGUACAAAGUAGUUGUUACCUGCUCUCCAAAGUCUUCCGAAAUGCUUAGGUCCCUCGGCGCAAGCGAAACUCUUGACUACAAGAAACCCGAAACAGAACUGCUUAAGCUUCUCUACUCUACCACCGGUGGCAAAUUGAUACGAAUCUUCGAUGCAGUAGCCUCUAACCAUGACUUCGUCAAGGCCUUUUACGAGAAUGUUGAGGGUGAAAAGUUCUUUUCAACAACUAAUGACUGGACACCUUUCGAGCCAUCUGAUUUUAACGGUGCACGCAUCAGUUCCGUUAAGCUUGGCUCCAUUGGUCGUCCUGAUGCUGCUGAACUGAAUAAUACUAUCACCAAACUGAUUCCCCUCAUGUUUCACAUGCUCAAGACUGGUAUGGUGCAACCUGCAGAAUACGAGCUCAUUGGCAAUACUGGCUUUACCAGUGUCAUUGAAGCUUGGGGAUAUCAGCAGACCGGCAAAGCUGGUUCAAAGAAGGUGCUUGUGAAACUGCAGGAUUUUUGAUAGGAUGAGACAGAAAAUAUUGGGAGGCAUCCAAAGUGUAGAGCCCUCAUUCUACGAAGUCGUGUCAUUCGUUCAAGAUCUACAAUUGAGGUAAUUUUCACGGCCGUCGCUUUCGUUAUUCAACUUCCAUAGCUAUGCAAUGAAGACGACUAUUCC